AAAAGGGCAAAACAUUUGUCCAAAGAAGGAAGCUGUACAAAAUUGACAGGUUCUGCUGAGCCACAUGUAAAGAUGAGCGUCCCAGACUACAUGCAGUGUGCCGAGGACCACCAGACGGUUCUAGUAGUCGUCCAGCCGGUGGGCAUCGUCCCCGAGGACCAGUUCUUCAAGAUCUACAAACGCAUCUCCAGCGUGAGCCAGGUGAACAUCAGGGACUCUCAGCGGCUCCUCUACAUCCGCUACCGCCACCACUACCUGCCCGAAAACAACGAGUGGGGGGACUUCCAGACGCAUCGUAAAGUAGUGGGUCUCAUCUCCAUCACCACCUGCGGUUCUACCAAAGAAUGGGCCCAAACUGCGGAGCGUUUCCACGGGCAGAAGGAGGUGUACAGCUCCACGCUCUACGACUCGCGGCUGCUGGUGUUCGGGCUACAGGGAGACAUCGCAGAGCAGCAGAGGACAGACGUGGCCUUCUACCCCAGCUUUGAAGACUGCCCCGACGUGGAGAAGAGGGUGGAUGACUUUGUGGAGUCCAUCUUUAUUGUGUUGGAGUCCAAGAGGCUCGACCGGGCCACAGAUAAGUCCGGUGAUAAGACCCCUCUGCUCUGUGUGCCCUUUGAGAAGAAGGACUUUGUGGGUUUGGACACGGAUAGCAG